ACAAACGUGCAUCUGCAACAGCAUUAUUGUACCGUGAUUAUCUACGCCAUUGUACGGAGUACUCCUGUGAAUACCAGUCAUCAUCACCAGUACCACCACCACAACACUUGACCACCUUUCCAACAUCAUGCCCUCAAAUAUGAGUCUUAGAGCGACAGACUUCAAGAGACCGCAGAAGUUCCCCAGCUACGAUAUUGAUCGGAAGAGACUCGAGAGCCUGCUGGAAGUGCUAUAUCCACCAGCUGUGUCGGGUUCAAUCAGUUACAGAGUGUCCCGGAGACUCGACUACUUUGUCGUUGAGGCCCCCUCAUGGUUAAAUGAUCAACAAAUCGAAUGCCUUCGACAAUGACAGUCCCAAAAACUACACUGAGCAGUGCUCGUGUGAGCUUGUUGACAGCCAAAAUCUGGCCGCUACGUUGCAAAAAGUGAUUCGCGCAAGGACUCCUUUUCGCAUUUCGCAAUUCGAUAGCGUUUUGAAUGAAUUGUUCCUUCGCCUCAAAUCGGGGUGAAGAAAUCCUCUA